GGAAGUCAUAGAGGCAGACUCGUCUCGAGGACUCCUCAGGCGUGUCUCAACCAACCGGUACCCCUAUAGGGUGCUCGGUUCUUCCUCUAUCUCAGUCCAUACCACCGACAUGUCGUUCUUCUCCUCUUCCUCGGCCGCCUCGCCAUUCUUGCCGAUCUCACCCUCGCCACUGUUGUCAACUUUGGCCUCACUCUCAGCUGAUGACGAUGAUGAAGGUGGCAGGAAUGGGGACAAGCACAAUGGCGACGAGGGGAGCUAUGACUACUCGGUCUCAGACUCGUUGAAUGGCCAUGGUCAUUCUGGAAGUGCCCUUGGGGUGAUGACAUCAGCUCCUGCUCGGACCUCCAUGCCGAGCUUGCCGCGUCGUGACGCGGCAGACGCCGCCGCAACUCGAACGGAAAGUCGUGGUCAUUGCGAGCCGCGUUCGUCACUCGGUAUGGUGGCACCACAGCUGACGAGUCGUCUCGCUGACGAUAGAGUUGAGUCAGGGUGGCGGCGGGCAGAGGAUGGCCAGGCCAGCCACGAGUACUAUGACUACUACUACUACGACGACGAGCUGGACGACGGCGGAGAGUGUGUCAAGUCGAGCGAGUGGUCUGGGUCGACCGAAGUUGACGAGACUGACGAGAGCCGAGGCGGAGAGCUUACGGUGCCCAAGGCGACAAGCUCCCGGGUCCCGCGAUCACCAGUCAUCGACCCUCGAGCGCUGGAGCGCAAGGUCCCGCUGGUAGGCGAGCCCGGGAGCUUGAGAUCGGCGAAGGCGACGAUGACCCAACAGACAUGUCCAAAGAGAACUCGCUCGAGUUUGGGCGCAACUUUCCGCAUUUUCGCAGUGCUUCGAGCAUACUCCACGAUCGGCAAGCCGACGUGGAGCACCUCCGCCCAGACGGUGGCGAGGAAGAAGAGCUGAACUUUUCGCCCGAGACCUGGCUGCUUGUCAUUGUGGCGAUCGGCACGGUGCUAGGUGUGAUGGCGACUAUUCUGCUGGUGCGGCAUCGCGAGCACUGCGGGGCGCGGUGGUUGGUGCCGAUAGCAGGCGUUGUCUUUGGUUUUGUCGGCGCAAUCUGGGUCAUUCUCAAGCAGCGGUACGCCGGCCGCGAGAAGACGUGCACCCAUCGAGUGGCGGCCCAGCUUGGAACGCCCUACUUUGAGAUUGCGUGCUCUGUCUUUGGCUUUGUGUGGACGCUUGCGGCUAUGGUGGAGGUCGACAGCGGGCCGCGGGUGUGCCGCAAGGCGAGUGAGACCGGGCGGGCACUGCUUGCAGCGCAGAGUGCCGUUAUGGUUGUGCUCUGUGUUCUCAGCGUCACCAUGGGCGUCUCGCGGAUCCUGACAGGCUCGUACCGGGCACUGAUUGAGGCCGGCGUCCGCGGCGUCCGGUACUGCUGCUGCUGGAUGGGCCUUAUUCGGCCGUGGCGGCGGCGCCGGUCGGCCAAGUACGCGCACGUUGUCAACGACGGCGACGGUGUGCGGCUUGUGAUCCGGACGGUGGGCGAUCCGGCAGGCGAGCAGCCGGCUGGUACGGUGCGGUUUGUGUGCGUGUCAGAUACGCAUCGCCAGCACCGCGAGCUUCGUCUGCCAGAUGGCGACGUUCUUGUGCAUGCUGGCGACGUGCUGUUCCGCGAUCGCGGAACAGUCGGCGUCCCACCGUACCGCGGUGCCAACGAUGGGCGCGAGGUCAUCCAAGAGCUCAACACAUGGGCGGGCGAGCUGCUGGACAAGCACGCGUUUGAGUGGAUUGUCGUAGUUGGUGGCAACCACGAUCUAUGGCUGGAAGAGCAGGGAGCCGGCCAGGCGCAGAGCUUGCUCUCCAACGUGCAGUACUUGUGCGACUCGUCGGUGGCGCUCUCGUUUGGUGAGAGCCUUGUCACGGUUUACGGCUCGCCGGUCUCGGUCGGCGGCCGAUCGCUCAAUCGGGCGUUCCAGCACGAGGCCGAGUCUGAGGAGCUGAAGCGUGUGUGGGACCACAUUCCUGACGACAUCGACGUGGUGGUUACCCACUCGAUGCCGUCCAUUCUACGGCCGUCGUCGUCCAAGGCCGACGUGGCGCUUAGCAAGCGGCUCGCCUCUGUCCGACCGGCGCUUGCGGUUUCGGGCCAUGUCCACCUUGCCCACGGCGUCGCCGAGGCUCACGGCACUGUCUUUGUCGGCGCCGCAAGCUGCAACAACUACUACAUGCCGGUCAACCUGCCGAUCGUCGUCGAUGUCGAGCUUCCGGGCUCUGUCCAGCUCGAGCCGGUCUGAUCAUCCCGAGCAGUGGAGUACCCUACCGUGGUUGGUGCGUGUUCAAUGCUGUUGUUGGAUGCCGACCGUGAUGGGCUGCUGACCCUCCCCCCUCCCCCCCUCCCCAUCUCCCCCUUUUCUCUCUAUCUCUUGUCUGAAAAUCAUUGUCAGUAUCCCA